GGGAAGCGCGGCAGGCCUCGAUGGGGAAGAAGUCGCGGGCGGCGCCGGUGGGGCGCCGGCCUAUCCUGCAGCUGUCACCGCCGGGGCCUCGCGGCGGCCGGGAAGAAGCCGCGCCAGGCGAUGGGGAUUCGGCCUCGGAGGCGGAUGAAUUUGAGGCAACAGAAGAAUCUCAAAGAACAGCUCCAAACCCAGCCCAAUGUAGGAUGCCUGUUGGGCCUGUGGCUGUCAAACCAACAGGUGGCUUAUGUUUGCUUGGUGCCUAUGCAGACAGUGAUGAAGAAGACAAUGAGAUACCUGUCAAACUACAGUCUACAGGGGCAAAUAGCAAUAAUUCGACAGAUAUUGACAGCACCCUGGCAAACUUUCUAGCGGAAAUAGAUGCAAUUACAGCUCCUUCCCAGCCUUCUGAAACUGUUGUUUCUUCUGCUGCUCCACCUCCAACCCCUCCACGCCCAGAGCCCAAGGAAUCUGUCACCAGUCAAAUUUUAUCAACUACAAAUGGAACAGAUCAAGCAACAGAAUGGCAGUAUGACACUCAGUGCUCGCUGGUAGGAGUGGGAGUUGAGAUGGGAGACUGGCAGGAAGUUUGGGAUGAAAACACAGGCUGCUAUUAUUACUGGAAUACUCAGACCAACGAGGUCACUUGGGAACUCCCCCAGGACCUGGCAACACAGGUGCAAGGUCUCCAGCAUUACCAGCAUGGUUCUGUAACAGAAGCUGAUGAAAACUAUUUGAUGGCUGCAGACCUAAGCUCCCAGGGUAAAAGUGGUGGUGGUGCUGUUGCUGGCAGUGCUGGACGCAAGACAGCCCCCUUUAAGCAUGAGCUGAAGAAGGAAGUGAAUGAAGGUAUCCAAGCCCUUUCAAGCAGUGAAGAAGAGAAAAAGGGAGUGGCUGCAUCACUGCUGGCUCCGUUACUUCCGGAGGUGGUGAAGGAGGAAGAAGAGCGCUGGAGGAGGAAGGUUAUCUGUAAGGAAGAGCUGGAGCCCUUGAUGGAAGGGGAUGUGACAGUAGAGCAAACAACAACUGUUGCUGAGGAGCUGGAAGGCAACAGAGAUAUUGGCGAUGAUCCUUCUCAGGAGGACUUGUGCAGUGUGGUGCAAUCGGAGGAAAGUGCAGAGGAGGAGGAAGAGCAGGACACUCUUGAGCUGGAGAUGGUCUUGGAAAGGAAGAAGGCAGAACUGCGAGCUUUGGAAGAAGGUGAUGGGAGUAUUUCAGGCUCUAGUCCCCUUUCUGAGGGGAGUCAAUCAGAUCUAGCACGGCGGUUGCUACCAAAGCAAGGGAAAUGGAAGCUAUUUGGGGUUGCCAGCCCAGAAUCCACCAGCCGAGGGUCAAGUAAGACAGGACAGGAGAGUCCUGAACCUGGGGAAACAGUGAUGAAGGAAGAGACAGAGGUUGCUGAUGAGAACUCAGGCAAUGAGUUGGACACAGAAGAAUUACAAGAAAAAGUGAAAACACAAGGGUCUGUCAAAGUGGAAGAUGAAGACCAGGACUUAAAGUUUCAGAUUGGAGAGCUGGCCAACAUGUUGAUAAGCAAGCUUGAGUUCUUGGGCAUCAGUAGACAAUCCAUCUCUAACUUCCACAUGCUACUGUUGCAGACUGAGACUCGUAUUGCAGAUUGGCGGGAAGGAGCUCUCCAAGGAAACUACCUCAAACGCAAAUUGCAAGAUGCAGCUGAACAGCUAAAACAGUAUGAAAUAAACGCCGCCCCUAAAGGCUGGUCCUGCCACUGGGACAGGGACCAUAGGCGCUAUUUCUAUGUUAACGAGCAAACAGGCGAAUCCCAGUGGGAGUUCCCAGAUGGGGAAGAGGAAGAGGAGGGACAAAACCUAGAGAAUAAAGCAGAAGCUCUUCCUAAACAAGGACUGAAGGAGAAAAUGGAGUCUGGUAUGGAAUCUACUGAUCACAUAUCAGGUUCUCUUGGUAAGGAGUCUGGUCUAGCUGCAGCUGCUUCUCUCGUGCCUCUUAGUCCCUUCUGGACUGUUCUUCAGCCUUCUGUCCCUGUACUUCAACCCCCUUUACCCUUGGAAAUGCCACCCCCACCACCCCCGCCACCAGAGUCGCCUCCUCCACCACCACCUCCACCACCUGGGGAAGAUGGGGAAAUACAAGAAGUAGAAAUGGAGGAUGAGGAAGAUGAGGAGCCACCUGCACCAGGAACAGAGGAAGAUGCUGUUCUGAAGCCUCUUCUCCGCCCAACAGUUGCCAGUAGUCAGAGCAACUCUGAGAGCAGUAUAGCCACACCUCCAUUGGAGAAAUCUCUAAAAAGGAAAGCCUCUGAAGUGAAUGCAGGGUUGGUGCAACGAGCAGCAACUAUUGGAAGCUGUCCAGUACUCUAUGGCCAGUCUGUCCUGGGUACAGGCCCUCAAACCCCAGGGAUGAGCUUGCAGCAGAGUUACCUUGGAGUAACACAGCCAGCACUCAUGAGCUAUUCAGAGUGUAGUGUCUCCAUUGGACUUCCUGCUAGCACCACACAGCCAAUUCCUUCUCGAGGAGCUCCACCUGCCACCAGCACUACAGAACAGCCGCCACCACCACCACCACCACCACCUCCUCUCUCACCACCUCCACAUGCUCCCAAAACACUUCCCUCAGAGAAGUCAAAAAAACUCAAGAGAGGUGGCAAGAGAAAAAAGACCAAGACAAAGAUGCCAUCUUUAGUAAAAAAGUGGCAGAGCAUUCAGCGGGAAUUAGAUGAGGAGGAGAACUCUAGCUCCAGUGAUGAGGACCGGGAUGUGAUGUCACAUAAACGAAUCGAGGAAUGGAAACAGCAGCAGUUAAUCAGUGGCAUGGCAGAGAGAAAUGCUAAUUUUGAGGCAUUGCCUGAAGACUGGCGAGCUCGGCUCAAGAGGAGGAAAGUCACUUCAACCACAUGAGUCAUCUUUCUUCAUUUUUUUAAGCCACACAUGUACAGUUCAUAUCAAAAAGUUUCACUGUUGUAAAAUAAACUACCUUUUAGAAAAGACAAGCAUUUCAGUUGAAUGACCUGACAGAGAUCCCAUGGAUUCGGAAAUUAUUUUGGAGGUGUUUAUGGCAAGUAGGCCUCUGAAAUAAUGUGUUAAGAAGCUCCUACAAAUACCACCUCAAACAAAACUGAAAUACUGUU